AUGAUUAAUUCUUUUAAAAAAUUAAUUAUUCUUAUUUCAUUGGUGAUUAUUUUACUUUCAUCGAAUAAUAUUUUCAUAGAUUCAUUUAAAAUUCCAGUUAAUCAAAAAAAUGUUAAAUCAAGUGGUGAUUCAUCAUAUCAAAUAGGUGCCGGUAUUUAUGAUAUCACUGGUGCAAGCGCUGAAGUUAAUUUAAUGGGUUAUGCUAAUCCACUUCAAGUUGGUGCAGGUAUUCAUUUUCGUCAAAGAGCACGUGCCUUUGUUUUUGUAGAUUCAAAUGGUAAUAGAGCUGUAUAUGUUAGUACUGAUUCAUGUAUGAUUUUCCAAGAAGUUAAAAUUCAUGUGGUUGAAUUGCUACAAGAUAUUUUUGGACCAAAUGUUUAUACAGAGGCAAAUGUAUUAUUAAGUGGUACUCAUACUCAUUCUGGUCCGGCUGGUUUUUCACAAUAUGCACUUUAUGGUAUUACAUCAUUAGGAUUUUAUAAAAAGAAUUUCGAUACAAUUUGUAAUGGUAUAGUUCAAGCAAUUGUUAAAGCUCAUAAAUCUGUUCAACCUGCAAACAUGUUUACUGAAACUGGUGAAUUAUGGAAUACAAAUAUAAAUCGUUCACCUUUUGCAUAUGAUAAUAAUCCAGAAGAAGAAAAAGCAAUGUACGAUUCAAAUGUUGAUAAAAAUAUGACAGUACUUAGAAUUGAAGAUAUGAAUGGUAAUCCAUUUGCUGCAAUUAGCUUUUUCGCUGUUCAUUGUACUUCAAUGAAUAAUACAAAUCACCUGAUCUCUGGUGAUAAUAAGGGCUAUGCAAGUUAUCUUUGGGAAAAACAAGUAAAUGGUCCUGGAACUGCUGGUAAAGGUCCUUUUGUAGCGGCAUUUGGUCAAAGUAAUGAAGGUGAUGUAUCACCAAAUACUCGUGGACCAACAUGUAGAGACGGAUCACCAUGUGAUUAUAAAACAAGUACAUGUAAUGGAAGAAAUGAAGAAUGUUGGUCAUUAGGACCAGGUAAAGAUGGUGAUAUGUUUGAAUCAACACAAAUUAUAGGUGGAAAUCAAUUUAAUAAAGCAUUGGAAUUAUUUAAUAAUGCAAGUAUUCAAGUUAGUGGUCCUGUUCAAUAUAGACAUUCUUGGGUACAAUUUACAAAUGUUUCAGUGGAACCACCAUAUAAUAGUGGUGUUGAUAAUGCAACUACUUGUAGAGGUGCAAUGGGAUAUAGUUUUGCUGCUGGUACAACCGAUGGUCCUGGUGCAUUUAAUUUUGUUCAAAGUGAUAAUAAUACAUCUGGUAAUCCAUUUUGGAAUUUCAUUGGUGACUUUAUUGCAAAACCAACACCAGAUCAAAUUAGAUGUCAAUCACCCAAACCAAUUUUACUUGAUGUUGGUAUGGUUGAACCAAUCCCAUGGGUACCAGAUGUUAUGCCAAUUCAAAUUGUAACUAUUGGACAAAUUGUAUUGGUUGCUGUACCUGGUGAAUUUACAACAAUGUCUGGUAGAAGAUUAAGAAAUAGUGUUAGAGAAAUCAUUGGGGAAUCAAUUGAAAAUCCAAUUGUUUUAAUUGCUGGUCUUUCCAAUACUUAUUCUGGUUAUAUAGCAACAUUUGAAGAAUAUCAAGUUCAAAGAUAUGAGGGUGCAUCAACUGUUUUUGGUCCACAUACUCUUGGUUCAUAUAUGCAAGAGUUUGGAAAACUUGCACAAUCAAUUGUUGAUGGAACAACAGUUCCUGCAGGUCCAACUCCAAGAAAUUUAACAGGUCACACACUUUUCUUUUUACCACCAGUAAUUGUAGAUGCCGCACCAGAUUUUGAUGAUUUUGGUGAAGUUUCAAUUGAUGUCAAUCUUAAUUAUUCAGUAAAUGAAACAGUAUCAUGUGUUUUUUAUGGUGGUAAUCCUAGAAAUGAUUUUAUGAUUGAAUCAUCAUUCUUAUCAGUUGAUUUAUUGACAGGUACAGAUCAAUGGACAACAGUUUUAGAUGAUGGUGAUUGGGAUACAAAAUUCAAAUGGAAAAUGCACGAUUUAGGUUUUUCUUUAAUUACUAUAGAAUGGGUUAUUGCUCCAGAUACAACACCAGGUACUUAUAGAAUAACUCAUAGUGGUUUUGCUAAAAAGAAUCCUUUCUCUUCAAAUUUAACUCCUUAUCAAGGUAUCUCAAGAAAUUUUGUAGUUCAAUAA